AUGUGGGCGCUGCGCUCGCUCUCGCCCUCGCUGCUGCGCUCGGUGGCGGGGCGCACCAUGUCGCAGGGGUCAGCUCGCCGCCAGCGGCCGCCCAAAGACCCCCUGCGACACCUGCGCACGCGGGAGAAGCGCGGCCCGUCGUGGGGGCCUGGGGGCCCGAACACCGUGUACUUGCAGGUGGUGGCGGCGGGCGGCCGGGACGCGGGCGCCGCGCUCUACGUCUUCUCCGAGUACAACCGGUAUCUCUUCAAUUGUGGAGAAGGCAUCCAGAGACUCAUGCAGGAACACAAACUGAAAGUCGCUCGGUUGGACAACAUAUUCCUGACUCGGAUGCACUGGGCUAAUGUUGGGGGACUGUGUGGAAUGAUUCUUACUUUAAAGGAAACCGGGCUUCCCAAGUGUGUGCUUUCGGGACCUCCACAACUGGAAAAGUUCCUAGAAGCUAUCAAAAUAUUUUCUGGCCCAUUGAAAGGAAUUGAUCUGGCUGUGCGGCCACACUCUGCACCAGAAUACAAGGAUGAGACCAUGACCGUCUACCAGGUCCCCAUCCACAGUACACAGAGGUGUGGGGAACACCAGCCAUCGCAGAGCCCAGAAAGGCCUGUCCACAAGCCCAGUCCAGAGCAGUCGUCAUCAGACUCCGGAUCGACUGACAGUGAGAACCUUCCAGAUGGCAAUGGUGUCAGCAGGAAAGCAGGUGGCAGGGACCCUUCUUUGGUGGUGGCUUUUAUAUGUAAGCUUCAUUUGAAGAAAGGAAACUUCUUGGUGCUUAAAGCAAAGGAGAUGGGCCUCCCUGUUGGGACGGCUGCCAUCGCGCCCAUCAUUGCUGCUGUCAAGGAUGGCAAGAGUAUCACUUAUGAAGGGAGAGAGAUUCUGCCGGAAGAGCUCUGUACUCCCCCAGAACCUGGCCUCGCCUUUAUUGUGGUGGAGUGUCCAGAUGAAGGAUUCAUCCAGCCCAUCAGUGAGAAUGACACCUUUAAGAGGUAUCAGGGAGAGGCCAAUGCUCCUGUGGCCCUCGUGGUUCACAUGACUCCAGAAUCUGUGCUUAUGGACAGCAGGUACCAGCAGUGGAUGGAGAGGUUUGGGCCAAACACCCAACACUUGGUCCUGAAUGAGAAUUGUGCGUCCGUCCACAACCUUCGCAGCCAUAAGAUUCAAACACAGCUCAGCCUCAUUCAUCCGGACAUCUUUCCCCCACUCAACAGCUUCCACAGUAAGGAAGAAGGCCCUGUGCUUAGUGUGCCCACGGUUCAGGGUGAAUGCCUCCUCAAGUACCAGCUCCGCCCCAAGAGAGAAUGGCAGAGGGAUGCUAUUCCUUCUUGCAAUCCUGAGGAAUUCAUAGCUGAGGCCCUGGAACUCCCCAAUUUCCAGGAGAGUGUGCAGGAGUACAAGAAGAGCACUUCACACAGCCGAGCUCCAGCAGAGGAAAGGAGCCAGUAUCCAGAAAUCAUCUUCCUUGGCACCGGGUCUGCUAUUCCAAUGAAGAUCCGCAAUGUCAGCUCCACUCUUGUCAACAUAAGCCCAGACAGGUCUCUGCUGCUGGACUGUGGUGAAGGCACGUUUGGGCAGCUGUGCCGGCAUUAUGGAGAUGAGGUGGACCGAGUCCUGAGCACCCUUUCUGCUGUGUUCGUGUCCCACCUGCACGCUGACCACCAUACGGGCUUGCUGAACAUCCUGCUGCAGAGGGAGCGCGCGCUGGCUUCUUUGGGAAAGCCAUUCCAACCUUUGCUGGUUGUGGCCCCCACCCAGCUCAGAGCCUGGCUGCAGCAGUACCACAACCAGUGCCAGCCAAUUCUGUACCAUGUCAGUGUGAUUCCUGCUAAAUGCCUUAAGAAAGGGGCUGAGGUCUCCAGUCCCACAGUUGAAAGGCUGAUCAGUUCCCUGCUGGAGACAUGUGGCUUGGAAGAGUUUCAGACCUGCCUGGUCAGGCACUGCAAGCAUGCUUUUGCCUGUGCGCUGGUGCACCCAUCUGGCUGGAAGGUGGUCUACUCGGGGGACACUAUGCCCUGUGAGGCUCUGGUCCAGAUGGGGAAAGAUGCCACCCUCCUCAUACAUGAAGCCACUCUGGAGGAUGGCUUGGAAGAAGAAGCGGUGGAAAAGACACACAGCACCACUUCCCAAGCCAUUGACGUGGGAAUGCGGAUGAACGCGAAGUUUAUCAUGCUGAACCACUUCAGCCAGCGCUAUGCCAAGAUCCCCCUCUUCAGCCCUGACUUCAAUGAGAAAGUUGGCAUCGCCUUUGACCACAUGAAGGUGUGCUUUGAAGACUUCCCAACAGUACCUAAGCUGAUAUUCCCCCUGAAGGCCCUGUUUGCGGGUGACAUUGAGGAAAUGGAGGAGCGCAGAGAAAAGCGGGAGCUGCGCCUGGUACGAGCUGCUCUCCUGUCUCAGCAGGCUAGCAGCUCAGAGGACAAGGAGCCCCAGCAGAAACGAGCCCACACAGAGGGGCCAAGGAGCCCACAGAGCAAGAAGGUCAGAGCCCAGUGAGCGUCUUAAAGAGCUCCAGACUGAAGGCUGUGACCUGCCUUUUGCGGCACUCAGAUCUGCUCUCAUCCUGGUGGGAACUAGAGCACAUGGUCCACCAUGAGGCAGCCCGUGAUUAGAGUGUCAAGUUCUGCUGUGGCUUGGGCUGGUGCCAUCUGCCCUGCAUGCCAGGUGCCUUGGCACAGCAGCAGAAUAAUGCUCAUCUGUGGAAGACAGCAGUUAAGCUGGUUCCAGCACAAGUCGCUCUUUAAUGAAGUCAUAGAAAUUAAGCAGUGGUUCCCUCUGCAUGCCAGAGUCAAGCCAAGGGAAAGUGAUGUUGGGUGUAAGUGUGCCGGACUCCAAGAAUAGUGUUUCCAAAGAAUCAGAUGCAAUAAAGCUGAGUUGGAAUCCGA